GAUUGAGCUGGUAUAUUUCCCACUUACUCAGUUUCCUUCCUGCUGCAACAGCUCGAGUUCCCUCUGACUCUUGUCUCGAGCCCCAGAAGGCUCUGGUGGCCAGUCUAAUGACCAUGUGACUCCGGGGUGCCAGGAGCCCCUGGACCAAGUCUCUGCUCCACCUCUAGGCUUCACUUUCCUCCUGAGUCAAAUGAAGGGCGUGGCUAGUCAGCCGCUUAGCCCCCUUCCAGCCCCAGAUCUCGUGUCCCAUUAUCUCAUAUCCCUAGAGCAGGUUACACCCUGCUUCCCGUUGAAGAAACCCAGUGGCUUCCCAAUUUGGAAGUGAUGGAUGAACGGACUGAUACAGCUCAGGAUCUCCCUGUAGAAUACCUGCUGUCCUGCAAACAUGGGUCUGCAAACAGGUGCAAUCAUAUCACCAGUGCCCUAACCCAGCUGAGCGAAGCAGCUUGUAUACACUGUCAGCUCUGCUGGAAGUCACGAGCAAAGGAUGAUUCCUGCAUUCCUCUCACUCAGCCCUCAGCUAGAAAGGAAGCAGACAACAAAAGGUUUUCAGCCUUUGAGAAGGACAAAGGCUGGUAGUCAAAGAAACCUUAGUUUUCAGUGCCUGUGGCCAGUUGCUUUAAUACUAAUGCCAUAUUUCUCUUACUGCUUUCACGAAACACAUUAUUGACUCUGAAAGGGGGUGAAUUAACAUGAGGGUUAAUUAAAUGAAUGGGGAUCCAGUCAAUAGGUAGGGACUGAACUAAAAAUUCUUGAUUGUUGGAGUUACUCCACCCCACCACCAUCCCCUGGGUAGAGAAAUAGAUUCAGGCAGCUCCCAUUCCCAAGUGGAGCUAAGUGGAAGUGGGAGCUUCUUGGUUACCCACAACAUCCUCCAAAUUUCAGCUGAACUGUUUGCCUGUUGAAGAAGCUGCCACCACUCUGUCUGGCACUUUCAAUUAAGUUAGCAGCCUUGGACCUAGACUCAGGUCUGGGGUUUAAAUUCUGGUUAGUGUCUUUGCUCCCUAGGUGAUCCUGACAAUACCUCUUCCCUUUAUGAGUUUUAGUCUCCAUCUUGCCAGGCUACCGCUGUCCUAGGUCCUGAUGCUACAUCUCUGACCCCACCUCUGGGAUUCUUACUCAUACCACAACCCUAACUUCCCCAUGGCUACACAGUCAUAGGAUACCAACGUCAGAGAGAACUUUAUUUUACCAAUAAGGAACUCAAGUCUAGACGCGGGAAAGUGCUUGCCAAGAGUCCAUCAGGAACUAGGGAUCUUCAUAUUUCUCCUGGCACACCCUCACUCCACCCCCUUGCCUCUCCUCCCUCCUUGUCUGCCUUACUUCUAAGAAGAUGCUCAGUUUUGCUUCAACUCCACACAUUCCGAGUUGUGCCCCAUGUGAAGUUUUUGGUUACAAUUUUGUUGACCUAGUGAAGGAAAUAUGACAAUGUGCUUACAGGAAAGGCAAAUAAAGAAGUGUUUGCAAUGAGCCCAUCUGGCAGCUGCUGAAACUAGGCAGCUGUUUUCCUCCCUUCCAUUGCUAAGCAGUGAAAUUCCUCAAAUGUUCCAGGCUCCCCAGUGCAGAAAAUCCCACUGAUCCUGAUUAUUUCCAGUAUUCCAAUCUGGUUAUCUGAACCAUAUAAAAAGCCCAGAGACCCAGACUAGGGGUAUCUCCAUUGUGGAGAGGUAAGAGGAAGAGACCUCAAGAAGGACUAGACCAUUUCCCCAACUCCUAAUGGAUGAACUGCCACUGUUUUACUUUCACCCUGUAACCCUUUACCAAGGGGUGGCUUUUCCCUUUGCUCUUCUGUUUAAUUUUUUCUGUGCCAUGGAUUUUUUCUCCAUUACAGCCAGAUACAUCUUCCUUCUCCUGGGAGGCUGUCUGCUCGCCUGGCUGGCUAUGGCCCGGUAUGCCAUGCUGAUCUUCAUCCCUGCUUUCUGUGCCGUGGCUCUCUUCCAGUCUGUCGGCCCAGACAAGGUUCACCACUGGGCAUUCUCUUUCCAGAUGACUUGGCAAACCCUUUGCCACCUGGGCCUCCACUAUACUGAGUACUACCUUCAAGAACCUCCCUGCGUGAGGUUCUGCAUCACCCUUUCCUCCCUCAUGCUCCUGAGCCAGAGGGUCACUUGGCUCUCUCUAGACAUCUCCGAGGGGAAAGUGAUGGUGAAGGAAGCAUGGAGAAGCCCUUGCGUGCUGCCGUUUUGUAGCUACCUCCUCUUCUUCCCCGCGCUUCUGGGUGGCCCUCUGUGUUCCUUCAGAAGAUUUCAGGCUCAGGUGAGCAGGCCUCUGUGGCCGCCGCUGUCCUUCCACCCUGCCACCAGGAGGGGCCUGCUACUCCUGGGCCUGGAGCUGCUGAAAACCUUGGUGAGGGGGAUGCUCCGGGCCAGUGCCAGCUUAACCAGCUGCCAUGGAUUUGGCUGUGUCUAUGUCAUGUGGACCACUGCCACGCUCUUCAAACUGACCUAUUACUCUCACUGGAUCCUGGAUGAAUUCCUCCUUUGGGCGGCAGGCUUUGGACUGGACUCCAGACCUCCUGUCCAUGGGGAAGGAGAUGUCUUGGAUGCAGACAUCUGGACCCUGGAGACAACUCACAAGCUUUCCUUGUUCACCAGGACCUGGAACCAGAGCACUGCAAAGUGGCUCAGAAGGCUUGUAUUUGAACGGGCCAAGGCCUGGCCACGGCUGCAGACAUUUGCCUUUUCUGCCUGGUGGCACGGGCUCCAUCCUGGCCAGGUCUUUGGCUUCCUGUGUUGGGCGCUGAUGGUGGAAGCUGACUACCUGAUUCAUGGCUAUGCCAGCGUGCUGCCCAGGUCCUGGCUGGGAAGGCUGCUCUACAGGGCCAUCACCUGGGCCCAUACACAGCUCAUCAUUGCCUACAUCCUGCUGGCUGUGGAGCUUAGGAGCCUCUCUACCCUCAGGCUCCUGGGGGUUUCCUACAACAGCCUCUUCCCUCUGGUCUACUGUAUUUCCCUCGUCCUGUUAACAAGGAGAAAAAAGCAAGCAAAAGCCUCUCCAGCCACUUUUACAGACUAAACAAGGCCUGGACCUGGCGCUGGCAUCCCAGCCCUAGGGGGCAUUGUGGCCUAGCUGGGGACCAGAUCGGGCAUUUUGUUCCCCAAUAAAUGACAAGACAAAGUGUGGAAGAGGGAGCCACCCUGUGGGUUGAGAGUGGGUGACUGAAGGCAGACCUGGAAGGAAGAACAGAGGCAUUGAAAUCAACAGAAGGGCAAAAACAAAGGUCUGGGAGGGUGGGCAAGCAUGCUGUGUGGCUUGGGAAACGUGAAGGCAGGCUGAAUUGGAAGAGAAGAUGCCCAUAGGGGAGAGGGAGCUUCCCAAGAUCAUGGUAGUCUCACCUCCAAAAGGUUAUCUGGUUAGGGUGUGCUGGGGGUGUCAGUCUUCUCCCCACUCUCAUGGCCUUCCUAACGUCAGCUCCUCCUUAGUCUUCCUUCUCUCCUCAUCUUCUACCACCAUCUUGGGCAGCUUUCAAAGCUGCAGUGUUGACCUUCCCAACAUGUGGGGGUUGUGGGCUUCAGUAGGAAUACAAAGGCCAAGCUGGGACCACCCCAGGGUCUGAGAAGCAGGAAGCCCUUCUAGCACAACCUUUUCUCAUAGAUAAAGGUCUGAACAUUUCCUUGACCUUCUGAGUUCGUAUAGUUCUGGCUAGGUGAUCUCUUAGAAUGUUUCCAUACCUAGAAUUUUUAUGACUCAAGACCGAAUAUGUGAUUUUAAACAAAAUGAGUUACCACUUUUAAAAACAAAAACAGCGGUGUAUCCUAAUAUGCUUCAUCGUUCCAGAACCCAUGAUUUCAUCAAUUCAGGAGCCUGAGAGUAUUUUCACAUACACAAAAGAGAAGUUAUAAAAGCCAAUAAUAAUAUUGCUUGGUGAUAUGACAGAUUAAAUGAGCUCACUGGGGCUGGCGUGAGAACCUGUCACUGGUAAUGUUGAUGCUAUGAUGCUUUUAGUGCCCUUUGGGCAAAAUUCCAAAUUGCCCUCCAGAACGGUUGGAUCAAUUCACAACUCCACCAGCAAUGCAUUAGUCCCUACUUUGCCACAUCCCCUCCAACAUUCGUUACUUUCCUUUGCUGUCAUGUUAGCCAAUCUGCUAGGUGUGAGGUGGUACCUCAGAGUUGUUUUGAUUUGCAUCUCUCUGAUUAUAAGAGAUUUAGAACACUUC